AGCGUGUUAGAUGUAAACAGCGUCACAUGUCACCUGUUUACGUCUUUACAUUUGUUUUGAAGAUAUUCGAUUUUCAUAUCCAUAUAAAACAAGAUAAACUUUUAUUUGUUCCAUCAGAUUUUCAACUGGUAGAUAAUAUAGGAUAUUCUGGAAAACAAUAUGGAAGCCUUAAAAGUAAAUGACACAUUAUUUAAAGGAAGCCACUCAACUGAAGAUCUACUAAAAUACUACAAUAAUUGGGCCCAGACAGGCAAAUAUGACGAGCACCUAUCAGUAGACAACGGAUAUAAAGGGCCUCAUAUAGCGGCUCAAGCUGCUGCAGAAGUUUUCGAACCAAAUCGUCGACCAACAGUUCAAAUAUUAGAUGUGGCAGCAGGAACUGGUAAAGUCUCUCAAGAGCUUCGUCAGUUGGGGUUUACUAAUAUUGAUGCAUUAGAUCCCUCUGGUUCAAUGUUGGCUCAAGCAAGAAAAAAGAAUCUGUACAAUAAUUAUAUAUGUGAUUUCCUCAGUGAAUAUACAAUGCCAGCUCGAAAUGGUUUUUACGAUUGUAUAACUACUUCUGGUGGGUUUGGACUAGGACACAUUCCUGCCGAUGCACUUCAUGAUCUGAUUCGAUUGACUAAAAAAGGUGGAUAUAUUAUAAUUGCAAUGAGAGAGGAAUACAUCUAUAUGUCAUGUUAUAAUGAUAUUCUAGAACCACUGAUGAGAAAACUAGAAAAUGAACAGAAAUGGCAAAUGGUACAACGAACAGUUAUUCAAGAAUACGCCUUCAACAAAGCUGGAGUUUUGUAUAUAUUUGAAGUAUCAUAGUGUGAAGAAACUAACAUUAGGAAUAAGUUGCUGAUUUAUGGUAUCCAUAAGCCUACAAAAGAUGAAACUAUAAUAGUUUGCAUUGUCUUUCAAUUGUGCCGAAAUGACUAAUUGUGUUUGUAAAAAUAUGAUGUAAAUAUAUGUCGUCAAUUUAUGUUCGUUUUUUUAACAAUAAAAAACAAUAAAUGCA